GCCUCUUACUGCAUCAACAAAAUGGCUGUCGGUAAGAAUAAGCGUCUCAGUAAGGGCAAGAAAGGUAUCAAGAAGAAGGUUGUGGACCCAUUCUCACGUAAAGAAUGGUAUGACAUCAAAGCACCUUCUUUCUUUGAGGUUCGAAAUGUGGGAAAGACCCUUGUCAACAGGUCACAGGGUCUUAAAAACGCCAAUGACUCCUUGAAAGGUCGUGUGAUUGAACUCUCCCUCGCCGAUCUCAACAACGACCAGGAGCAAUCUUUCCGAAAGAUCAAGCUCCGUAUUGAGGAUGUUUCAGGCAAGAACUGCUUGACGUCGUUUUUCGGUAUGGACUUUACCACCGACAAACUCCGCUCCAUCGUCCGUAAAUGGCAAACCCUCAUAGAGGCCUCCGUCGAUGUCCGUACCACCGAUGGAUACGUUCUCCGACUCUUCUCCAUUGGCUUUACCAAACGUGCCAUCAACCAGGUCAAGAAGACCACUUACGCUCAAUCUUCUCAGAUCCGUGAAAUUCGUGCUAAGAUGGUCGAGAUCAUGCGUCGUGAGGCUGAGGGUGGUGAUUUGAAGGAGCUGGUUCAGAAGUUUGUGCCAGAGUCUAUAGGCAGAGAAAUUGAGAAGGCUAGCAGAAACAUCUUCCCCCUGCACAACGUUUACAUUCGCAAGGCCAAAAUCAUCAGAGUUCCAAAGAUGGACAUGUCAAAACUUCUCGAGCAACAUGGCGAGGCUAUGGAUAGCGCCACAGGUGCCACUGUUAUCAAGAGCACUGGUGACUUUGUCGAGCCCGAGAUCCUUGCAUCCGUUUAGGUAGCUGGCAUGUAUUCUAUGACCAUACGA